AUGGGCAAAGCAGAACCCGGCUCCGCCAAACACCUCGCCAACAAGAUGAAAUCUCGCGGCCUCAACCGGCUGCGCUGGUACUGCCAGCUAUGCGAGAAGUCGUGCCGGGACGAGAACGGGUACAAGAUGCACUGCCAAUCCCCUUCCCACACGGCCAAAGCUUUGGAGGCCGGGUCCAAUUUCAAGGGCGUGCAGGAUACCUUUUCCGAUCAGUUUCUCAAGGACUUCGUCGCCCAGCUCAAGACAAGCCAUGGCGAGAAGGAGAUCCACAUUAAUAAAUUCUAUCAAGAAGUGAUUGCGAGGAAAGAUCACGUGCAUUUGAAUGCUACCAAGUGGCAUUCCCUCACAGAGUUUGCGAAAUUUCUGGGCAGGGAGGGGGUUUGUAGGGUGGAGGAGAAGGAGGGGGAGGGGAUUUUUGUUGCUUGGAUUGAUGAUUCGCCUGAGGCGAUGGAGCGCAGGGAAAAGGUGAGACGGAAGGAGAUGAUGGAUAAGGGCGAUGAGGAGAGGGAGCAGAAGGUGCUGAGGGAACAGAUUAGGAGGGCGAAGAGGGAGGCGGAACAGAGGGGGGUGAACUUUGAUGAGGAGGAGGAGGAGAGGUUGAGGGAGAGGGAGUUGAAGAGGAGGGAGGGGGAGAAGAUUAAAUUGAGUUUUGGGAAACCGGCCGUGAUGAAGAAAGAGGAGGAGAAAUCGGGCGAGGAGACUUCGGCGACGACAACACCAACGCCAACACCGGCUGGUGGAGAUGGGUCACCUGCUGCUGCUGCUGCUGCUGUGACGGAGGACGAGAAGGAUACCACCGCAACACCACCUUCGACGACGACGACGACGACGACGGAUGGCGUAACCACCGAGCCGGCCAAGGCGGAAGGGAGUUCAAAGAGCGAGGAGACUGCUGCUGCCAAGACGACAACGGCAGAGGAAAGCAAACCUACGGCUGACUUGAUGACUACGGCUGCUACUCCUGCUCCUGCUCCUGCUGCCGCUCCCGCCGCUCCCGCCGCUGCUGCUGCCCCAAAGCCGGUAUCAAUGAAGUUCGGCAUGAGGCCUCAGCCGAAGAACGUCUUCAAGAAUGCGUUUGCUGGAGCUCCCAAAAAGGUCAUGGCUGCUCCGCCCAAGAAGAUGAGUGAGGCCGAGAGGAUCAUGAAGGAGGAGAUGGAGCGCAAGAGGGUUCGUGAGGAGAAGGGCGGAAAUCUCCCCAGCAACAAGAAGCCACGCUUUCAGUUUUAA